CACACUUCACACUUCGGUUUUGCUCUGCUGUCAUUUGCACAUUUUACACAUUUCACUCACAGAACAGCAACAAUUUCCUGUAGUGUGCAUAAAUUUAUCUCUGAUUUCCAGUAAAUGCCAAAUAAAUAAUGGCGAAAUACGAGGAGGUUGCUGUCCAUGGUUACGAGGAGUUUUCUAAAGCUGUGUCUGAACGGAAGGGUAAAGACAUAUUCGUUUACUUUUCAGGAGAUAAAGAUGAGCAGGGCAAGAGCUGGUGUCCAGACUGUGUAAAAGCAGAGCCUGUGGUCAGAGGAGAGAUGUCUCAUCUCCCAGAGGGAUCUGUCUUUAUUUACUGCCAAGUGGGAGAAAGACCCUACUGGAAGGAUCCUAACAAUGACUUUAAGAAGAAUCUAAAGCUGAUUGGUGUACCCACACUACUGCGCUACGGCACGCCCCAGAAGCUGGUUGAAGAAGAGUGUUUUAAAGCGGACCUGGUUCGAAUGAUGUUUACAGAGGAUUAAUCUCCUGACAUUGUGCUGUACACAUGCAAUACUAGCCAACACAUUUCAUGGGGCCUAACUUUCCUUUCCAAUGAUCAAUGUGAUUUUUGGACUGUUCAAUUGCAAUCUAUGAUCUUGAAUGUUAAGCAAAACAAAUUGAAGUCUGUUUUAUGUUAACUGUACAUGUUUAAAGCAUUUACAUUUGCACAUCAUACUGCGUGAAUAGAAGAAAGCUUUAAACAUACUUUGAAGACAUACUUUGAAAAAUAAAGGAAAUUUUGACACUAAGACUAAUAAACCAUGGAAUGUAAAAUCUCAGCACACACAUGCAUACAAAACUGCUUUAAUCCUAAUCUGGGAGGCAUUUAUGACCGAAGAUUGUUCUUUAACGGUUUUCAUUUUCUUUUGCCAUUUUGCUUAUUUUUGUGUAAUCAGAACAAAAUAAUAAAGUGCAUUUUAAAAAGUG